UCAGAAAGUUUACACACAACAGCGUAACAGCAACAUAUUUUUCCUUGCGGACAGAAGCCAGACUCUUAGCUCAUGUAAAAAGGAACUGGAUAUCAUGAAGAAAGAACUGCAAGAUAUCUAGUUCAACUUAACCGGCCAUGUGUGGGAUUUUCUGUCAGCUGAGCUCUUCAUCUGCUCCAUCUGAACCAAAUGCAGCUGUUUAUGAACAAUUAAAAAAGCGAGGACCAAAUUGCAGCCAAAAUCUCACUGUUCAAGGCACAGGUUGUUGUUACCAAUGUCUAUUUUCAGCUCAUGUUCUUCAUAUGAGAGGGCUGCUAACUCCUCAGCCUAUUCAAGACAGCUCUGGAAAUGUCCUAUUGUGGAAUGGGGAGGUUUUCGGAGGCUUGCCUGUUACCCCAAAAGAAAAUGAUACAACCAUUCUUUCUCAACGUCUAGCAGCUUGUAGCAGCUCAUCUGAAAUACUUGAUGUCUUCUCCUCUAUACAAGGACCAUGGGCAUUCAUUUAUUACCAAAAAGCCGGGGACUACCUCUGGUUUGGACGAGACUUCUUUGGUAGGCGAAGUUUGCUGUGGAAAUUUGAUCCAGCGGUUAAAACAUUCACUUUAUCAUCUGUAGCAGCUCAUAAUUUGGAAGAUAAUUCUUGGAAAGAGGUCCCAUCUAUUGGUCUAUACAAAAUUGACCUAAAAACAAUCAGCGAAGGUAUUACAUUUGAAAUAUAUCCAUGGAAGACAUCAGAAAAUGUUGAAAAUGAUGAAACUACAUGGGAAACAGUCCACCGUGAAUGCAUUGCUAUUACAAACUACUCAAGGCUUGUCAUACCGUCACCAGUCAGGCCACUGAACAUGUCUUUACAGGAUACAUUAAAAGAAGAUGAAAUCAAAUCUAAAAAUCAUCUAGAUAGUAAGGAUUUAACAGAACUACUAGCAAGUUACGACCAAACAAGUGAAGUGAAUAGUUUAAUUGAUGUUUUAAGUGAAGCAGUGAGACGGCGUGUUCAGUCAUUGCCUUUUAUUGGAGAUGCUGAGUCAUUGACUAAAGAUGAAGCUAAUGUUGCUAUACUAUUUUCAGGAGGUAUAGAUUCAAUGAUUUUAACUGCUUUGGCUGAUCGUCACAUACCAGUCCACGAGCCAAUAGAUCUACUUAAUGUCGCUUUCAAACUACAAGAGCCGAAAGUACAGAAAGUAGCUGGGAACAAGUCGAAAAAGCAUAAAAAUAAAACGGCAAAUACAAAUAUGGAAAAUUGUGAACCGAAAUCAGCUACUGGUCCAUUCAAUGUACCAGAUCGUAUCACUGGGAAAGCUGGUUUAGAGGAAUUGAAAGUUUUGAAUCCGAGGAGAAAGUGGAAUUUUGUGGAGAUCAAUAUAACACAAGAGGAGCUACAGGAAAUGAGGAGAGAGAGGAUUUGUCACUUGGUUUACCCCCUGGAGACGGUGCUGGAUGACAGCAUUGGAUGUGCCGUGUGGUUCGCAGCGAGAGGAAGAGGGGUCAUCGGAGAGGGCAGUGAGGAAAGGCCUUUCACGUCUAAAGCAAAGAUCAUUGUGACCGGUAUUGGAGCUGAUGAGCAGCUGGCGGGGUAUUCCAGACACAGAGUCCGGUUUAAGACCUCGGGACCUCAGGGACUUCUGGAAGAACUGUCCAUGGAGCUGAACCGGAUCUCCACCAGGAACCUGGGCCGAGACGACAGAGUGAUUGGAGACCACGGCAAAGAGGCCAGGUUCCCAUACUUGGAUGAGGAUGUGGUGAGCUUUCUGAACUCUCUUCCUGUUUGGACUAAGGCUGAUCUGUCUCUUCCUCGAGGAGUUGGAGAGAAACUGCUUUUGAGACUCGCUGCUAAACAUCUCGGCCUGGGUCAGUCUUCUGUCCUGCCCAAAAGAGCCAUGCAGUUCGGCUCCCGUAUCGCCAAAAUGGAGGACAACCGCGAGAAGGCAUCGGACAAGUGCACAAGACUUCUUACUGGAUAAACUAUUUUAUUUACAAUCAAGGAGGCACAAUUGAAUCAUAAAAAUAGAAACAUGAUUAUAAAAAUAUUUACUUGUUUUUGGGUAUUAUGACAGUUACUAAUAAAAUGUGUUUAGAUCAUG